CCGGGUUAAAUUCCUACUCUCGAUUUCGAAGCAACCAUCACUCAUUGUUGCCUUUGCUAUUACAUCAGCUUGCGGAUUAAUCAUGCCGAGAUCAGAGGGUGAAAAGAGCACUACCUUUCCAAACAAGGAAGCACGUUACAUGUGCUGGGAUGCGAGAGACAAAUUUUGGGAAUGUCUCGAUGCAGGGGGUACAGCAGAAAGUUGCAAAAACCUCAGAGAAAAAUAUGAAGAGAGCUGCCCUUUCACCUGGGUCAAACAUUUUGACAGGAAGAGAAAUUACUUAAUUUUUAAGGAACAGAUGAAGCAAGGCUACGAACCACUGAGUGAAGCAAAGACUUAGGUCAUACUAUUUGCUUUCUGAAUGUUUAUGGUGAAAUGUUUGAGUGUAAAUAUUAUCUCCAAUGUAUUUCGAUUAUCACUUAUAAACUACCUUGUUUUUUUAAAUCAUUGUAUUAAAGCAUUGCAUAUAGAAGGAAUAUUAUAGGUAUGUUACCUGUCAGUUGCUGUAAGUCCAGUUUAGGAUAUUUUCCACAUUUCUCAGUUUCUUUUUACCUUUUAUGGUCAAGAAGAUUGCAUCACAGGUUGUUGUAUAAUUGUAUAUAAAAGUGAUUGAAAAAAUAUGUUUCAUUCAAUUUCUCCAUAU